AUGGUUGCCCAGUUGUUUUUUGCCAACAAGCGCAGUUCAACUGCGAGACACACUCAGCCACCUGCCCGUCGACGUCCAAAGGUUGUCCUCAGUAAAGAAGCCCGUGCUGCUCUCAGGCUCGAGCAAUGUGCCAAAUCCCUUCGGUUCAAGGACGCGUUAGAUGACACAUGGAAGCAGCUUGACUAUGCUACCAAAACAAUUGCAACUUCACACCAUAAAAGUAUCCGCCAAGUUCAAAAUGAUUUAUACAUAGGUCGUGGACUUCUCCGCUCAAAGCGCUCUAAGGCCAAUUUAUGGAAUGUGUUCUGCUGGAAGAAAAACCAAGAUGAAGAGAAUGAUAGCCAUGGUAAAGUGGUGCUCCAAACACUUGUCCGUGAACACAAGUCUGAAUACCUCGCGCUCUCAAAGGAGGAACAAGAUGACCUUCUCACUGAGUUUACUGCGUGGAAGGAGAUGAAGAAGACUGGAGUCCGUACCACGGCAAAGUCAAAAAUCAAUGAUAUCACGCAAACCUUAAAGGCGGUGGAAAACGAGCUCAAGAGCCUCCAUUGUCAUACAGGCGCAGAAUCUAUUCUCUACACUACACGUGGAUCUACCGAUGUUCCCCUCCGAGGUAUCGCGUUUGCCACUCAAGGCGUUGAGAACUUCAUGGAUACCGUCAUGGGGAUUGAUAAUCAAGAUUUAGUGAGUAAAAUGGAAGGCUUCGCCGUCCAGGGUAUGAAAGGUUCUGCAAAAAACCACCAGAAACAUGUCUCCGAUAAACGUGCAGAAAUCCGCGACACCAUCAACCGAAAGCUUCAAGAGUGUACUGGUGAGCCUGGUGCAAAGAUGCAAUGGGUGCAUUACUUCCGCAACAUUGUUCAGUGGUACCAGGUCGUUGUGGAAGGAUGGCCCGAUAAAAUUCCAUUUACAAAUCUUAGUCAAGUAUUGAGUGCGCUUCCAGACCUCCAGAUGCUUUGCAAUAGGUGGGAUCAAGGUAUGACGUUCUGGAGGUCCUUGAGUGACAAAGAAUUCGAGAAACUCCGUCUUGAGCGCAAAGAGAAGCUCGAGAGUGGUGAGAUAAUUGAUCGCCGUUGCCGCACUCGAUCUGACAAAGGGACGAAGCGCCGCGGUGCAGCAAUGUCUGCAACUACUCGUCGCAAACAGUACAAGAGCAUGGAGACUGUUGAGGACAGUGACAGCAGUGAUACAGAACCAGCCGAGCCUCACAACACAGCAGCCCCAUCUGCUGGUGUUGCUGCUGCUGGUCCUGUGUCUCCUUCCAUUCCGCAGCCUUCCAAUUCUCCUGUGCAGCAGCCGUCAGACGAAAGUGACUUUAUUAUUCCCCCCUUCAACAGCAAGGCGAUGUUGGCUGAUUUAAACCGAGUGUUUGGCCCCGCACCUGCUUCGUGGAGCUCAUUGGAGUGA